GCUGGACUAUAUAAGGAUGCGAGCAGCGCGGCUUUAUCGCUUUCGCUUAUGGGGCCGAGCGGUGCCCGGUUUCUGAUAACUUUCAUGCUCAGCGACUGGCCGUCAUGCCUUUAUAUGGGGCCCGGAUUAAAUUAAUUGAUAACUGAUCUCUUGGAGCACAGAGCUUGGUUCCAUACAUGGAAUUGUUUUCCAGUCCUGCAGGACACUGCAAUAAUUUAAUUGGGAUAAAUCAGAACUGAGUCUGUGCUGUUAGCGUUGUUUUCAGAAAUGAUUAUUGAUAGUCAGCUUUAACUAACAUACUAUCCAAAGUACAUGCAUGGACAGAAGUGUACAUCCCCUCCGGCCGUCGCUUUAAGCGAAGACCUUUAGUUUUCGAAAACCUGAAGACGAGGACGAAAUGGAUGGAUUUUAUGAUCAGCAAGUCCCUUUCCUGGUCGCCCCCAGUCAUAAAUCUCACGUGGAGGAACCAUGUAGCAGACCGGUAAAUGACAGAAAAAGGAAGUUUGUAGAUACUGAACUUGCCCAAGACACAGAAGAGCUUUUUCAGGACCUCAGUCAACUGCAGGAGAUAUGGAUUGCUGAAGCUCAGGUGCCUGACGAUGAACAGUUUGUCCCAGAUUUCCAGUCAGAUAAUCUGAUGUUCCAUGGCCCCCCUCCAAGCAAGAUAAAACGUGAAGUGAGUCCUGCCAAGGAGCUGACCCCCUGCAGACAGGAGCAGAGCCUUGCACCCUAUGGAGAGAAGUGCCUUUACAGCUGCAGUGCCUGUGACAGGAAGCCCGUUGCCGGGUUCAAGCCACUGACUCCCCCGUCCACGCCGGUCUCCCCGUGUGGCCCCGUCACACUCCAGGACCAGACUCUCCCCCCGGUCCCUGCCCAGGCUCCAGGGCCCCGUCCCGUCCACGGGCACGCCGCCGCCCCCGGCCCCACCCGCCAGAGGCCGCUGCCCCUCCCUGCCCGGUCCCUGCCCUUCGCCGUGCCCUGUCUGCCUGUCAGCCACGGCGAUGCGGCCUACAGCUCUGAGCACAGGUUUCACCGCCAGCUCUCGGAGCCCUGUUUGCCUUUUCCCCCCUCCGAGGCCCAGGGAUGCCACUCAUUUUCUCCCCAAGCCCCCAGCACCUCACCCCGUGAUGGGCGGCCGGCCUACCACCGUCAGAUGUCUGAGCCCCUCGUCCCCGUGCCCCCCCAGGGCUUCAAACAGGAGCUGCUGGACCCCCGUUAUGCCGAGCAGGGCGUCCCCAACAUGGGUCCCCCCCAGCCAAGUUUCCCCCCCCUGCCCAUCAAGCAGGAGCCCCGAGAUUACUGCUUUGAUUCUGAAGUGCCUAACUGCCAGUCCUCCUUUGGGAGAGCAGCUAGUUUCUACCAAAACAACCAUGACAGCUAUGCCUUUGACAGAGAGCCACACCUAUACUAUGACGACACCUGUGUGGUCCCUGAGCGAUUGGAAGGCAAAGUGAAGCAGGAGCCCUCCGUGUUCCGUGACGGGCCCCCCUACCAGCGCCGCGGCUCUCUACAGCUCUGGCAGUUCCUGGUGACCUUACUGGACGACCCUGCCAAUGGCCACUUCAUCGCCUGGACGGGCCGCGGCAUGGAGUUCAAGCUCAUCGAGCCCGAGGAGGUUGCUAGGCGCUGGGGCAUCCAGAAAAACAGGCCAGCCAUGAACUAUGACAAACUUAGCCGCUCGCUCCGUUAUUACUAUGAGAAGGGAAUCAUGCAGAAGGUAAAGGUUGCCGGAGAACGGUAUGUCUAUAAGUUUGUGUGUGACCCCGAGGCUCUCUUCUCCAUGGCCUUUCCCGACAACCAGAGGCCCAACUUGAAGGCCGACACAGAUAGCCUGCCCCCAGGGGCCGAGGACGACACCCUGCCGCUGGCUCACUACGAUGAGAGCGCCCCCUACCUAGUGGAUGGGGUGGAGCAGUGCGCAGCAGCAUUGCCGUUCCCAGACGGCUACGUGUACUGACAUCGCAGGCUCACUGAAGCCCAAUCUGCUGAGCAGACUGGGAGAUAUGACCUUGCCCUUGUCUUUCCACCUGACUUCCUGCUUCCAGGAGCCCACCCCCACACUCCAGCCACAGGGAACGGAAGACGAAUCUCCCAGCCACACCCCUUCUGAUUUUAGCCAAUCAGCUGGAACUGAGAGAUAUUGGGCAGAUUGGACACAAAUGGUUUUGUCUUUCUGGGGUUGGCCUUGCUGUGGGGGUGGGGGUGGGGGGUGCAGAUGUAGGUGCAGUGCCGAGAGAUUGAGGUUUCUAUUUCAUGUGCUGAUUUAUAGGAAUUGUGGCAAUUCUGUACCGACAAUCUUCUUUUCUAGAAGUGUGACUGUAUCAUAAUUAUUUAAAGGAGAAAGAACAGAGCACUAAACUAUGCUAGGCCUAUUUCAUUUUAUGGCGUGUCUUCUAAUACUAAACAAAAGCUACAAAAGUAUAUUACAUGCAUAAUAAAUAUAAAAGGCUUUAUUUGUGGAGGAAACUACCUUAGCUUUGUUAACUAGAUUUAUUUGGUUAAACUUUUUUAAGGGUUACUGUACUCGUGUUGCUGGUUUUAAAUUCUAAGCCUCUUCCCCUUGAGUUCACACUCUGUAGGUUGUACUGCAGUUUUGGUUGAAUGGCUGUCUAAAGCAAAAGCCUGUUUAAUUCAAAAUUUUUAAUUUAAGAUUCUUUUUUUCUUUCUUUUAACACAGUGCGAUAUGUGCUCAUUUAGUCGCGCCCUGCAGCUGAGCUGUUAGCAUGGUCUUCUGUGCCCCGUGUCCUGAAAUGGACCGGACUGGUUCGCUGGGAUCGCACCCCCAGUUCCAAGGGAACAGUUCUUAAGAUUUGGGCCUUUUUAACCCCCCAUGUUUUAGUGUAACUACUUUCAAAAGGGAAGGAAGAGAACAACCUCUUUUCAGGCCUUUUGUAUUUGCAGCUUUAAUGUUCCGUUUGGCACUCAAAGUUUUGUAAACCAAGCUUAAGAGCAGGGGCUUUAGAGACUGUUGACCUCCCCUAACCCCUUCCCAGCAUCCAGAUUUGUAAGUGGUACGGCCCAGUCAGAAGGGCCACGUGUGUCUGGCAAACUGCCUGUAAUGCACUGCUUUUGAGAAUUAAUGCAAAUUAAAUAACCUGCAUCUGUAUAGUUUAAGGUGUCUUUUUCUUUUUUUUUGUGGGGGUUAGGGGUACAGAGGGAAUUAAGGAACUUUGUAUAAAUAUAUCUUUGCAAAGCUUGCAUCUGUUUAAUCUGUUGUACACACUGUAUAGAUCUGCUGAUUACAGACAUGUAAGUAUAUCCUAAUCUAGAUCCCUUUGAUACAUUGAUUGAUCACCAAGAUUGCAGCCUACUGGUGAAGAGGGUGGGAGGAGCUUGUAGGAGGCGGGGCAGUCCGGGGUGAGCGCGUGCUUAGCAUUGAUUGACGUCUCCUGUAGACGAAUGGACUUGCCUGCGCUGCUCCGCCGUGGGGGCGUGUUGUACUUGUACAGACGUUCACCUCUCCCUUCACAACGUGUUCCUUACACUGAGUUUGUAAUCUGUACAAUAAACUACACAUACCGCUCCA